AGAAGGAAAAAAAUAAACAAAUUAUUAUUAUUAUUGUUAUAAAAGGAAAGAGGAGGAGGAAAGGGGAGCGGGCCUUGUACUUCAAAGAACACACACACACAUACACAAAAAAGGGAUCUUUUUUUGAUUUUUUUGUUUUUUUUUUUUGGGUUUUGUGGAGGUGGGGAGGUGGUGAGAGGGAGAGGAGGAGAUGGUGGGGAUGGAUUUGGUGAUGUUUUUGGCAUGCAUUUGGGUUUGGAAUCCAAUGUUUGCUGUUGCCAACACUGAUUCAUCUGAUGUUUCUGCUCUCAAUGUCCUUUUUACAAGCCUAAAUUCGCCAUCUCAAUUAAACGGCUGGACCGCAAACAACGGCGACCCGUGCGGGCAACCAUGGCAGGGAAUUACAUGCUCUGGUUCAGCAGUUACAGCAAUCAAAUUAUCUGGAUUGGGACUAUCUGGGACACUGGGUUACAAUAUAAUGAACAUGAAUUCACUAGUUGAGCUUGACUUGAGCAAUAAUAACCUCGGAGGCGGUAAUCCUAUACCUUAUAAUCUCCCACCUAACCUCGAGAGAUUAAAUCUUGCGGGGAACCAAUUCAGUGGAAAUGUACCUUACUCAAUAACUCAGCUGGUUGCACUUAGAUAUCUAAACCUUGGUCAUAACCAACUUCAGGGCAGUCUCAGCGAUUCGUUUUCGACACUUACAAAUAUAACAACAAUGGACCUAUCCUUUAAUGCACUUUCCGGUAAUUUGCCGGAAAGCUUCAACACCUUAUCAACUCUAACAACUCUAUAUUUGCAGAACAACCAAUUCUCAGGUCCUAUUGAUGUCCUUGCUAAUCUGCCUCUUCAAGAUUUGAACGUUGCAAAUAACCGCUUCACCGGAUGGAUUCCUGAGCAGCUAAAAAAGAUAAACAAUCUUCAGACUGAUGGCAAUUCUUGGAGCACUGGCCCUGCACCUCCACCUCCACCAUACACGCCUCCUCCGCCAGGUCGUCGAACAAACCCUGGACGUUCCAACAGUGGUAACAGCCCAUCUAAUAACAAUGGAAGUGGCGGCGGCGGAAGUUCUGGUAUAAGUGGUGGGGGUAUAGCAGGAAUCAUAAUAGCUAUAUUGGUAAUAGGUGGAAUAGCAGCUUUUUUUGUGAUUAAGAAGAAAACACGGAAAUCUUCAAGGGAAGAACAUCUUGAAGAUGACCAUUCCUUCGCUCCUCUUAAUUCAAGUGAGGUUAAAGUUGCGGAGAUGAAGUCAAUCCAAACACCUCCUACAAUCGACACAACAUCACUGCACCCUCCUGCUCCGAUCAAUCUUAAGCCUCCUCCCAAGAUUGAGCGCAACAAGUCGUUUGAUGAAGAUGAUUUCUCAAAAAAGCCUGUUGUAAGGAAAACAAACAAAACUCCCAUAAAAGCAACAGUGUAUUCAGUUGCAGAUCUGCAGAUGGCGACAGACAGCUUCAGCAUGGAUAAUCUUCUUGGUGAAGGGACUUUUGGACGUGUUUAUAUGGCACAUUUUCAUGAUGGAAAGGUUCUUGCUGUUAAGAAAAUAAAUUCAACUAUCCUAGCCAACCAACGAUCAGAGGACUUCAUUGAGUUGGUUUCAAACAUCUCGCGGUUACAUCAUCCAAACCUGACCGAGCUGGUAGGCUACUGUUCAGAGCACGGACAGCACCUUUUGGUCUAUGAAUAUCACAAAAAUGGCUCACUGCAAGAUCGCCUUCACCUCUCGGAUGAAUACACCAAUCCACUGACUUGGAAUACUCGUGUCAAGAUCGCACUGGGCUCUGCACGGGCGUUAGAGCAUUUACAUGAAGUAUGCUCACCGUCUGUUGUCCACAAGAAUUUCAAAUCCUCCAACAUUCUAUUGGACAUGGAACUCAAUCCUCACCUUUCAGAUGCUGGUCUUGCUAGCCUUGUUCCUGAUGCGGAGUUGCAGGCAUUAGAUCAGAGCUCUGGAUACGGUGCUCCUGAGGUUGCCAUGUCGGGCCAGUAUACACUGAAGAGUGAUAUUUACAGCUUUGGGGUGGUCAUGCUUGAGCUUUUGACUGGAAGGAAGCCGUUUGACAGCUCUAGACCACGAUCCGAGCAGUCAUUGGUUCGGUGGGCAACUCCUCAGCUGCAUGACAUUGAUGCAUUAGACCAGAUGGUUGAUCCGGCCCUCAAGGGGUUAUACCCUGCGAAAUCUCUCUCACGAUUUGCAGACAUCAUUGCUCUAUGUGUUCAGCCCGAGCCAGAAUUCAGACCACCCAUGUCGGAAGUGGUGCAAGCGCUGGUUCGCCUGGUGCAGCGAGCAAACAUGAGUAGGAGGAUGCUCAGUGGAGACGGACAAGAGGCUUCACGGCGAGCCGACGACCCGGACACGCAGGAUUACACGUUCUAAUUAAUGCAUCGGGGUAGCUGCCUUGGUUCUCUCAAUACUUCAGACGGUGAUCUGUUUAUCUCCAUGUUGUUGGUAAAUAUAGGCUUAUUUUUACUGAUGUCUAAUUAGCGCUGUAUAAGUCUAGUGGAGUUUCCCAAUAGGUGCCAAGCUUACAUUGAUUCACAAUGACUUAGUAGUCAUAUUUAUAUCAAUUUCAUUCAGAUGAGUUCUUUGAUU